AUGUCGAUGAAGGUGAACUUGAGCUGCAUCGAUAGUUUGUCCCGAGGUAACCACUGCCUCGCCGUCAGAAGCACGUCUCCCGGGGUAUCGGCUACCCUCGCCGGCUUACUCAUCUUCACCACCGUGGCUGAUAUCAUUGGAAAUCUACUUGUCAUCUUGUCCGUGUACAGAAACAAGAAACUGAGGAAUGCAGGUAAUCUCUUUGUGGUGAGUCUUUCUGUUGCUGACCUGGUGGUGGCGCUGUACCCCUAUCCUCUGGCUCUACUAGCUAUCUUCCAUAAUGGCUGGACAAUGGGUUCCCUGCACUGCCAGCUGAGCGGGUUCGUUAUGGGACUGAGUGUGAUUGGCUCAGUCUUCAACAUCACAGCUAUCGCCAUUAACCGCUACUGCUACAUUUGUCACAGUCUUCGCUACGACUGGCUCUAUUCGCGCCGGAACACCUGUCUGUACCUGCUUCUCACCUGGCUGCUAACCGCUCUGGCCACCGUUCCCAACUUCCUAGUGGGUUCCCUAAGUUAUGACCCACGUGUCUUCUCCUGCACGUUCACCCAGACAGCCAGCUCCUCCUACACUGUCUGUGUUGUGCUGAUCCACUUCCUCGUUCCACUGGGCGUGGUUUCUUUUUGCUACCUUCGCAUAUGGACAUUGGUGAUUAGGGUCAAAGGUCGUGUGCGGCCCAGUCCGAGGGUCCGAGCGGCUGACCUGAGGAAUUUCCUGAUGAUGUUUGUGGUAUUUGUUCUUUUUGCCGUAUGCUGGGCACCCCUGAACUUCAUUGGGCUUGCCGUGGCUUUGAAUCCUGCAAGAGUGGCACCAAAUGUCCCAGAGUGGCUGUUUGUUUCCAGCUACUUCAUGGCAUAUUUCAACAGCUGCCUGAAUGCUGUUGUCUACGGGUUGCUCAACCGUAACUUCAGGCAAGAAUACAAACAGAUUCUCCGUGCUCUCUGUACCCCAAGAGCGCUGUUCACUGAAAGUUCCAGAUACAAUACUGAGGCCAUAAAGAGCAAACAGUCUCCGGCAGCAACCAAUAACAAUGUGAAGGAGGCUUACCUGUAAAACAGAGUGACACACAUUCUUUUCUAGUAAAUCACUCACCACAAACAGAUCUAUCAAUGAGAUUAGCCAAUCAGGGGGCAAAAAGCACUUAUAUGAUCAACUUUGCUAUGGUCCGUCUGGGGCCUGAAUGACUAGGACAGGCUUAGAGAUAUUGGUUGUUGAAUGAACAUUUCUACACAAAUCAAUAAUCGUGGAACAGUUGUCAGUCUUUUUCUAUUAACAUUUUUAUUGAUUCUUAUGUGAAAUGUGGAGUAAACAGAACAUAUACACACAGA